AAGAUUACGAAAAGAUUAGAAUGCGUGUAAUGCGCCGUCACACAGAGGAUUACCGCUUACCGGUUCCUGGGAGUCUGAUGCACCGUAAUACAGAUGAUUACAGGUUCUCCACGUAGAGCUCCUUUUCCUUUCCUCUCUCUGACGUUUUUCAUUCUCAAGUUUCCAACUCAAUUCAGCUGAACCUCAUCAAUUCACUACGACCUUACACUAGAUUUGGUUUGAAUUUGAUAGCAAAAGCCAUUGUUGAAAAUGCAGGCAUCAAGGGCAAGGCUCUUUAAGGAAUACAAAGAAGUGCAGCGAGAGAAAACGGCAGAUCCUGAUAUCCAACUCGUUUGUGAUGAUUCAAACAUAUUUAAAUGGACUGCCCUCAUAAAGGGGCCAUCGGAAACUCCUUAUGAGGGUGGAGUUUUCCAGCUUGCUUUCUCUGUACCUGAGCAGUAUCCUUUGCAGCCACCUCAAGUUCGGUUCUUAACCAAAAUAUUCCAUCCAAAUGUGCAUUUCAAGACAGGUGAGAUUUGCCUUGAUAUAUUGAAGAAUGCUUGGAGUCCAGCAUGGACGCUGCAAUCAGUUUGUCGAGCUAUAAUCGCUCUGAUGGCUCAUCCAGAGGCUGAUAGCCCGCUUAACUGUGAUUCAGGCAACCUUCUCCGGUCUGGUGACGUCAGAGGAUUCCAGUCUAUGGCCAAGAUGUACACAAGACUUGCAGCCAUGACCAAGAAGGGGUAAGAGAGAAGGAUUUUAUACCGCUGGAUUCUGACUUUCCCAAGUAUGGAGUAAUUUUCUCGAAGCGUAACAUAAUUGCAUGUGUCUAAGUGUAUGUUUCAACUUUACAACCGUGUGCUUUUCAUUCAACUGUGCAUUUGUUAACAUGUUUUUAGCAUUAGCAUCCUUUCCCAAA